UAUUGAAGAACAUGAAGAAGAAAAGCAAAAAAUAAUUUUCAAGUUCACAAGCCAAUUGAAAGAGAAACAUGAACCAGUGAAAAAUAAUGAGCAAGGUCAAAAAAAUAAUUAUCAGCAAUUAUUAUUAGAUAAAGAAAAAGAAUAUGAUGAUCUAUUGAAUAAAUUUAACUUGCAUACUAAAGAAUAUAAUUUGAUGAAAGAAAACUACAACACAGUUAUAAAAAGAAUAAGCGUAAUAGGUGAAUGGGUUAAUUCAAAUAUAGACAAUAAUAAUUUAUCAAAUUUAUCAAAUAACAAAGUUGAAGAUAUUGUUGAACUUUUAAAAGUUUUUGAUAAGUUAGAAAAGAUUAUUGAAUUAAAAAAAGCAGAAUUAGAAGGUUUAGAAAUAAUUAAAAAAGAAAAUAACAAAUUGAAUGAUUUAAUCGAUAUUUUAGAAUUAGAAUCAUCUAAAGAUGGUAAUGAUUUUGAGGGAGGUGAUUGUGGUGAUAAUUCUGAUGAUGAUGAGGACUACAUUCCAAACGGCGAUGUAAUAGAAGAACGCGAAGAUACUAGUGCAGAUUCUUCUUCUAUGGAAGUCGAUGAAGAAGUUGGAGGAGAAGAGGAGCAACGAGAAGAGAAUAAUGAAGGAAGUAGUUCUCGAUCACCGACGUCAAAUAGACGCGCAUUAAGGUCCAGAAAUGGCAAUGGGGUUAUCGUCAAUGGUCACAUCAAUAAUAAUCCUAAUCAUAGCAAUGGCAGUGUCACCAAUAACAUAACAAGUCGUUACAAUUUUUUAACUCAAAGUCCAAUGAUAGGAGGAGGUCCUUUCAACAAUUCAGCUCCAAAUCAUCAACUUAAGAAAUUAGAUGUUCCAUUUCAAAUAUUUUCAGAAUCUUUUAAUCGUUAUCAUGAUGAUCAAGAAAGAGAAUUACAAUCAUUGGUUAGAUUGGAAAGGCAUGCAACAAAGAAAUGUCAUGAAGUGGACUGUGAAUUAGAUAAAUCAAGAAGAGAAAUAGAUGCCAAAAAAAAUAAUCUAAAGCUAAUAAAUGAUCAAAACAAAUUGAUUCGAGAACAAAUUGAGAAUAUUCAUCAUUUGAUUAUUCCAAUUUGUCAACAAGUUUCUGAUGAAUUAGAUGAUUUAACUAUUGGACCUUUUCUUGCAAAGUUUGUAAAAAAUUAA